AAGUUCAAGGGGGUGAAUACUUUUGCAAGCCACUGUAGACAGUAAGGACCUGUGGGAUGCUUGUGAUAUGAUAGUCAUACUCCUGUUACGAUGCCUGGGAAAGGUCUUGUUGAUUGCACAUGGCCACUUAUCAAUAUAAUGUAUUAGCCUAAACAAAUUCAAAAAAUGACUAACCAAAUGUAAUUGUGUUUCGUGACACAUCAAUGUUGUAACCACAUCUUCAAUCAAUGUUAAAAUCAAUGUUGGUCUUCACUGGCAAAAAAACCCCAAAACACUUAUACUGUAUACCACUGUGAGCGGGCAGGCGAUCGCUGGAGUCAAGAAACACAAAAACCCUAAUACUACUCUAGAAGUUAUUAUCGCCUGAGCCAUAUAUCACGUCUGACUGACGAAAUCAUCUGGCAGCAGGUAUCGUGGAGAUCAGGUCUGAACAGCAGGCGCUGAUUGCCAACCUGCCAACCAAUGCAUCUUAUCAAGCAUGACAGAAAAGCAAAAUCAAGCACCAAAACACAAAGAAAUCCACCACAGAAUGAGAUUGUGACAUGUAACCCUGUAACAGUAGUGGUAUGUCGAUGCAGCAGUGAUGUGUAUGAAUGAAAACAUGCCAGUCGUAGUUUAUAGGCAGAAAUAUAGCCAUAUUACGUGACUAUCAUAUCACAAGCAUCCCUCGUGUCCUUACGAUCUGUAAGGAUACAUCCCAACAACAUAACAUUCAACAGAAAUUCAUAAUUUAAUUUGGCAUUGGUCAAUAAAGACUUAUUAAAUGUAUACAUUUACAGCAGAGCUUAAAACCAGCCCAGUGGCAUGACAUUUGCAUAUUCAUCAGGGGGUGGUACUCAGGUGACAAAUGACCAAACUGUCCUCUGAUGUAAGCAGUGAUGGCGUCCCAAAUGGAGCUCCUCUUUGGAGUUCUGCAGGACCUGGGGAAUGAGGAACUCAAGCAUUUCCAGUGGUUCCUGAAGCAAGCUGGCAUUGUUGAAGGCUUCCCAGCUAUCCUAAAGAGCCAACUGGAAGAGGCCGACAGGCAGGACACAGUGGAUCUCAUGGUGCAGACAUAUAGUCCUGCUGGAGCUCUGCAGAUCACAGUGGAAGUUCUGAAGAAGAUCAGUAGGAAUGACUUAGUGGAAUGUCUUUCCAAAUAUGGAUCUGAACCGAAAGACAAUGCCACCGAUGUUGGAAAGACCUCUGGGAACUCACAAGGUUUUUGCAUUCAACAGUCACAGGCUGUUCCUCCUCACCCUCCGAUCCCUGGUGCUCAGGCUGAAGAUUUGUUGGUGCGAAGACCAAACCCUCCAGUACCCAUCACAUCAUACCAACGUAUGCUCCAGUCAAACCUCCAGAACAAAUUUAUGUGUAUUCCAGAGGGGUCAUCAAAGCUGAAGGACAAGAAGCUUCUGUGUGAUAUCUACACAAAGCUCUACAUCACUGGCAGGAAUGGUGAGGAUCUCAACAGGCAGCACGAGGUUAACCACAUCGAGAUGACAUCAAGAAGACCAGAAGGAACUGAGAGAUCAAUUCAGCACAAUGACAUUUUCAAACACCCUUCUGGAGAGAACACACCUGUGAGAACGGUUCUGACCACUGGGAUUGCAGGAAUCGGCAAAACGUUCCUCGUUUACAAAUUCAUCCUGGACUGGGCUGAAGGACGAGCCAAUCAAGACGUGCAUCUCACAUUCCCCUUCACCUUCCGCCAGCUGAAUUUACUGAGGGGGAGAAGGUUUCGUUUUGCUGAGCUCGUUCACAAAUGUAUCAGGGAAAGUCGAGAUAUCAGAGAGGAGGCUCUUGAUUACAUCUUCACUAAACUACAGGCCUCCGGAAACACCAACUAUGACAAAAGCAAAUUUAAGCUUCUGUUUGUGCUUGAUGGGCUGGAUGAAAGCCGCCUUCAGCUCGACUUCAGUGACAAGGAAGAAUGUUCUGUUGAUGAGCCACUGUUGGUGAAUGAGCUGCUGGCAUUGCUCAUCAAGGGGAAACUGCUCCCCUCUGCUCGCCUCUGGAUAACCACACGGCCAGCAGCAGCCAAUCAGAUCCCUCUUGACUUUGUUGACAUCGUGACCGAGGUGAGAGGGUUCACUGAUCCACAGAAGGAGGAGUACUUCAGGAAAAGAUUCAGAGAUGAGGAGGUGGCCGAAAGAAUCAUCUGCCACAUCAAGACGUCGCAGAGCCUCCACAUCAUGUGCCACAUCCCAGUCUUCUGCUGGAUCACUGCCACAGUUCUGAAGCAAAUGUUAGGAGAAGGUGAAAGAAACGAAAUUCCUCAAACUCUGACUGAGAUGUAUACAAAAUUCCUUGUGUUUCAGCUCAAGCAGACAGCAGUGAAGUAUGACACAGAUAAGAACAUCAAGAUUAUCCAGGCACUUGCAAAGCUUGCUUUUCACCAGUUAGAGGGAGGUAAUCUGAUUUUCUAUGAGAAAGACCUGAAGAACAGCGGCAUUCAUCUUUGUGAGGCAUCAGUGUACUCUGGGGUGUUCACCGAGAUCUUUAAAGAAGAAGAUGGACUGACUGAAGACAAAAUGUUUUGCUUUGUGCAUCUGAGCAUUCAUGAGUUUAUGGCUGCUGUUUUUGUCAUCCUGUCACUCUUUAAUGAUAAAGAGGAUGUCAUGGCAGGGCCGCAAACACCUCUCCAACAUCUCAAGAUGCUUUUUAGGAGAGCAUCUGCAACAAAGGUCUAUGAGAAGGCUGUGGACAAGGCCUUACAGAGUCGAAAUGGACACCUGGACUUGUUUCUCCGCUUCCUCCUGGGCCUUUCGUUGAAAUCCAAUCAGGAUCUCUUACAAGGUCUGCUGAACGAACCGAGGAGCAGCACAGAAACCAAUAAGAAAGUAGUGCAGUACAUCAAAGAGAAGAUCAGGCUGAAUCCGUCGCCAGAGAGAUGCAUCAACCUCUUCCACUGUCUCAGCGAAAUGAAGGACCAUUCCCUAGUGGAGGAGAUCCAGCAUUACCUGAGAGCAGGAAGCCUCUCCACAGCCAAUCUGUCUCCUGCUCAGUGGUCAGCCCUGGUCUUUGUGCUACUGUCAUCUCAACAAGAGCGAGAUGUGUUCGACCUAAAGAAAUACUCAAAGUCAGAUGAGGUUCUUCUGAGGAUGCUGCCACUGGUUAAAGCCUCAACAACUGCACUACUGGACCAAUGUGAGCUCUCAUACCGGUCUUGUGAAGCUUUGGCUUCAGUCGUCAGCUCCCAGUCCUCCAGUCUGAGAGAACUGGACCUCAGUAACAACAACCUGCAGGAUUCAGGAGUGAAGUUGCUCUCAGCUGGACUGGAGAAUCCACAAUGUUGUCUGGAAAUUCUAAGGUUGUCUGGCUGUCAGGUCACGGAGGACGGCUGCGCUUCUUUGGCCUCAGCCCUGAGAUCCAACAGCUCCCACCUGAAAGAGCUGGAGCCAUGCAAACAAUUAUAUACCACACAAAAAUACUCUGAGCUGACAGAGGCCUGCUGUCACAAUGUGGGACAAUAUUACCGUCUGAGAGAGCUGGACCUGAGUAGGAACAACCUGCAGGAUUCAGGACUAGCGCUGCUCUCUUCUGGACUGGAGAGUCCACACUGUAGACUGGAAUCUCUUGGGCUCAGUUUCUGUAACCUUUCGAUCAGAGGCUGUGCAUGUCUGGCCGAUGUGCUCAAGUUCUCCAGUCUAAUCAAACUGGACCUGAGUGACAACGACCUGCAGAGCUCAGGAGUGCAGCUGCUGUCUGUUGGACUACAAAAUCCAUACUGUAGACUGGAAACGCUGAGGUUGUCAGGCUGUCAAGUCACAGAGGAAGGCUGUGCCUCUCUGGCCUCAGCUCUGAGCUCCAAUCCCUCCCAUCUGAGAGAGCUGGACCUGAGCUACAAUCAUCCAGGAGACUCAGGAGUGAAGCUGCUUUCUGCCAAACUUGAGGAUCCACAGUGCAGACUGGACACUCUCAGUGUUGACCAUUGUGGAGAGUUCAGGAUCAUUCCUGGGCCUCGGAAAUAUGCCUGUGAACUCACUCUAGACCCAAACACAGCAAAGAAAACCUUCAUCCUGUCUGAAGGUGACAGACAGGCCAUAAUGUUAAGAUUUGAGCAGCCAUAUCCCGAUCACCCAGACAGAUUUGAAUACAGACACCAGGUUCUGUGUAAAAAUGGUCUGACUGGACGCUGUUACUGGGAGGUGGUUUUCAAAGGAAUGGCUUCUGUGGGAGUGACAUACAGAGGAAUUGGCAGGAAAGGUCGGGAGGAUGACUCUUUGCUUGGCUGGAAUGAUAAGUCCUGGUGCUACGACUGCAACAAGAGCAUUGUCUGGCACAACGGAAAGGGCACAGCCACAUCUGCAGAACGCUACCGCGGUUCCUACAGAGUAGGAGUGUAUCUGGACUGGCCUGCUGGCACUCUCUCCUUCUACAGAGUCUCCUCUGACACACUGACCCACCUUCACACCUUCCACUGCACAUUCACUGAACCUCUCUAUCCUGCGUUCAGGGUUCUCGGCACUUAUUCGUCUGCAUUAUUGUACACGUUUGUGUGACUGUCCAGGUUGUUUCAUACAACGCAAACUACAAAAAUAUCGUGACGUGUAUAUUUUGAAAUUUUUGGUGCCCCAAGUUGUGUCUAAUUGAAGUGUUGUUUUGGUAGAACAGCUGAAGAAAGCACACAAAAACUACAGAGUUUUUGUUGUUGUUGUUGUUGUUGUUUUUAAAAAAAUAAAGAUAAAGAAAUUAGUAAUGACUAAAUGGCACAAAUGAGCAAAAUUUACUGAAAUUAUUACAUAGUUUUCAUUCCAUGUUUUCUCAGAUGGAAAACAAAUUAAGAACAUAUAAAGACUAUUUUGGCAAAACAUUUUACCCCCACCAGUCUUCAUGUCCUACACACAGGAGAGAAAAUAAUGUAGAUUAGACUUAGAUGAUUGAUAAUAGAAAAGCAACAAACUCUCAGAUUUAAGAAUCUGGAACUGUGAAACCAUUUUUAAUUUAUUUAUUAUUAUUAUUAUUUUUUUUUUUACCAUUUUUGUAUGAAGUUUGAAUUAUGUGAUUAACCAGUUGUUAGAAGUAGUUGUUCAUUAAUAUCCUAUCCAUAUUGAUCAAUAGACUUAUCUAUAAUUUCAUAUUGGGUUGGAUAGUUUAAUCUAAAAAUGUGCUUCAUGUUUUAUAAGAUCAUCAUAUGUUCUCUCUGUAAAAUCUUAAUUUGCAAAGUAACUAGCUACUGCAGCUAUGUGGUGCGGUAGAAAGCUACUCUGAAAUGAAUGGCCAUCAAAGUAAAAGGUGAUUGUCUCCUGUAUUAAAUUGUGGUCUGGAAAAUAAAUGAGCAGGCUGUGUGUAUGUGCAUAAUACAUGCAUUCCUUAUGCUCUUUUUAACGGUCAUGUGGAGACAUUUAUGAAAGGCAGUUUUGAUGCUUUAAAACUUGAUUUCUUUAUUUUUCUUUUUCUUUUUUUUUUAAAUGAAAUAAAAAUUAUCUAUGAGGAGGAAACACAAAUGUUAACGAUGUAUAAUUUUUAUUUAUUUAAUGCACUGGCAUGAAGACCUGUGUCUGUAAACUUGUUAUCAAAUCUACGUUAAAGAGUGUUAAAGCUGGCAUCGCAUGCAUGAGGAACUAAUACAAAAAGUUCAGUUUAAGUGUUGAAGAUGUUGUCAAAAUUUAUACAAUCCUGCCAUCUAGUGGUGAAACAAAACAGGUGCAGAUUUUGGGUCAAGGCUUGCCUCUUAAAAUCUGGCCUCAGUGGGCUGGGUGAGGUAUAAAACUUCUAACAAAUAUUCUUUAAAACUGUUAACAAGAUCAAUUAGUUCAGGAUUUGAGUUAUGCUUUCUUUUCUUUUCUUUUUUUUCUUCUUCUUUUUUUUCUUUUUUUUAGGUCUGACUGUUACAAUGCAAACUCUGUUUAUGUCAUUCAAACUGUUUGUUUUAUUGUUCAUGGAUUUCUACAUAAGAACACAGAAAACAUAGAAGUCGACCUAAAAUACAUUUUUCAUUAGAAAGUUAUAAAAUUGGAAGAAUUAUUGUCUGACAUCACAACAUAAUAUAAUGAUUCCGACAUGUAUUUGAAUUAUUGAUACUGAUGUAUGUUAUGUGAAAAUAGGGAAGAAUAACACAUCUUUGGACUGUAAUCAUGCUGAAUCCAUCAUGGAUUCAGUUGCAUUAAUCCAUCCUUGUGAUGUUUAUGAAAUAUUUAGCAUUUGAGAAUGCAUCUCCUGCCUCUGUUUAUGUAUCACUGCCAUCUGCUGGUGACUGACAACAGGCUCAGGAAACUCCCUCAACACUUGGAAAUUCCAAAUUUCAUCUGGAAACCAAGACCAAGUUGUAACAAGCUUUUGGUGGGAAAUGUGUCAGAAUCACAAUGAUUUUGCAUUACUCUGAUAUAUUCAGAUGUGCAUGGCAUUUGAAACAUUAGCCAUUAGUCAUAAAGUUUGCUGCCUUGAUCUGGUGCUGACUUCCUCCGAGCACCAGACAGACUGUCCACAGUAUGUGAAGUGGUUUAACUUCUUCCCUCAUCUCUUAUUUUACCUCACUUCAUUCAAGCUAUUCAGUGAUACUGAGGCGGUCUUUACCAGCAUUAGGCAAAGUAGAGACCUGCCAGGGGCCCUCAGCUCAAAGUGCCCCCAAACAGCUUUAGAUACGAAAAAUUAAAAUCUCAUUAUGAUAUUUUAAGCCACUGUACAAAGAAAUAGCUUACAUACAUGCAACUUGGCUCUGCAUAUGUGCGCUUCUACUUAAGAAUGAAGCAGCAUAUUAUAUUUCCCUGUCAUAUAAAUAUUACUGUUUAUGCUGCAGAUUAAGAUUUUACCCACAAAAUAUAACAAUUUGAAUAUGAUGCGUUAUUAUUCAUUAAAGUUGCAGCUUUAUAUUAGAAUUGAAAUCUUCAACUUGAAAAGAAGUUAAUUUUAGUACAAUGUGUUGAUAAUACAUAUCGUCUUCACUCUUAACUUUAUGUAAAUAUGUGACUACAUGAGUGUUACUGUGCAGUUUUAGUAGUUUUACUAUUAUCAGUUUAUAGUUUUACCACAGAAAAAUAUGUGUUGAGUACUUCUUUUUAGGGAAUGUUUGUCAGGAGCCACCCAAAUCACUUUAUCUGCUCCCGGUGAUACUGACAGGUCACCUUGUGGCUGCAGUGCUGCUGUUGACCACCAGAUGGGGCUUGGGAGCCAGUUUAACGUCUCCUCUACUGUGAUUCUACCCUGCAUCAUAACAAGCACAAUUCACAUAUAAAAUGGACACUAAGACACCACCACUGUCACCAGUGGCAGUUACAGUACUCGUACCACUAUUACCACUACUAUAGUACUGUACUCUUACUCUCGCACUGGUAAAUGACUCGUCCUGCCAUGCCUUGACUGAGUCUUUUUGUUUGAAUGCUGUGAUAAGCACACAAACAUAACAUGCCUUGGAGGUGUACUGAGGUGUGUGAAGACUUACAUAAGUGAAUGUGUGUGGGAAGCUCUGCUCUGAGGUAAUAAAGGCAGAGAAAACACUGAGCACUAAAUAACUGCUGGAAGUGUUGAACAUCACGGUCUGGUGGUAUUUAACAGUAUCACAGGAUCAGCAGGGGAUUGUGUUAAGGCUGUACUAUAACUCCUCUUUAAAUAGGUAAGAAAUGCUUUUAUUUUAUUCCAUACUCGAGACAUACAAUAUGAUACAUUUGUAAAAUGUUAUGUAUAUUUGGAUUUACUUCCACAGUGAUUCUCAGUGGGAGAAGAAAUGGCUGUAAUGUGACAUAAAAUACAGUUAAUGCACAGUCAUCAGUUGACAUGAUGUUUUGUUGUGUAUGGAACCUGCUGAACACUAUUUUGUCAUUGGCUGGAUAAUGUACUUUUCUGGGUACAUGCUAACAAUUGACAAUAAAAUGUCUUGUAACUAU